CUCUGGCGACUCUGAAGCCCCAGGCUGGCCUCAUCGUGCCCCAGACGGUGCCAUCCUCUCAGCCAAACGUGGCCGGUGCUGGGGAGUCCAUGGAUCUGGGAGAGCUGGCAGGCAUGACCCCCGAGAUCAUCCAGAAGCUUCAAGACAAGGCUACGGUGCUGACCACGGAGCGUAAGAAGAGAGGCAAGACGGUCCCAGAGGAGCUGGUGAAGCCGGAGGAGCUCAGCAAGUACCGGCAGGUCGCCUCGCACGUGGGGCUGCACAGCGCCAGCAUCCCGGGGAUCCUUGCCUUGGACCUCUGUCCUUCCGACACCAACAAGAUCCUCACCGGUGGGGCUGAUAAAAACGUCAUCGUCUUUGACAAGAGCUCGGAGCAGAUCCUGGCAACACUCAAGGGACAUUCCAAGAAGGUUACCAGCGUUGUCUUCCACCCCUCUCAGGACUUGGUGUUCUCAGCUUCUCCUGAUGCCACUAUCCGGAUCUGGUCUGUGCCCAACGCCUCCUGUGUGCAGGUCGUCCGUGCCCACGAGGGCUCCGUGACAGGGCUGAGCCUCCAUGCGACAGGUGACUACCUCCUCAGCUCUUCUGAUGACCAAUACUGGGCUUUCUCGGAUAUCCAGACAGGCCGUGUCCUCACCAAGGUGACAGAUGAGAGCUCUGGCUGUGCUCUCACCUGCGCCCAGUUCCACCCAGACGGGCUCAUUUUUGGAACAGGGACGAUGGAUUCUCAGAUCAAGAUCUGGGAUCUGAAGGAACGCACCAACGUGGCCAACUUCCCGGGACACUCGGGGCCCAUCACCAGCAUCGCCUUCUCCGAGAACGGCUACUCCCUGGCCACGGCGGCCGACGACUCCUCUGUCAAGCUCUGGGACUUACGGAAGCUCAAGAACUUCAAGACGUUGCAGCUGGACAAUAACUUUGAGGUCAAGUCUCUGAUCUUUGACCAGAGUGGUACCUACCUGGCUCUGGGUGGGACAGACGUCCAGAUCUACAUCUGCAAGCAGUUGACGGAAAUCCUCCACUUCACAGAGCACAGUGGCCUCACCACAGGGGUGGCU